AUGAGUUUAUUAAGUGAGGACUGUGCACUCUAAAAUAUGAGUCAAGAUUUUAUUAAAAGGAAAUAUAGAGGCAAAGAAAAUAUGUCAUUGAAUCGCAACUCAUCCAAGUUGAAUUCUAUCACCUAAGUAAUUGAAAAAUCACAAAAAUUCCAGAGUCUCAAAUUAGCAAUCGGAGAAUAUUGGGGAUAAGUCAAAUUGAAUAAAGCCAAUGGAAUAGGGUCAUGUCAUUUCAAUGCUGGUGGAUUCUAUUAUGGAGAAUGGAAAAACAAUACAAUACAUGGAGUUGGAAUAUAUUUCUUUAAUGUUGGUGGAUAUAUUAAGGGAGAAUUUUAAGAUGGAAAGGCAGAUGGAAAUUGUGAAUUGUGUUAUCAAAAUGGAUAAUUGUAUCAGGGAAACUUCAAAGAGGGCAAGCAACAAGGAGUAGGACUCAAGACUAGUAAAAGAGGAAAAGAAGUGGUCUAACAUAAAGAUGGAGUUCGUAUAAAUGUGACUGAAGAACAUCCAUAGAAGGAAACUAUUAAUCAGUUAUUAAAAAUCUAAUUGCCAUAAAUUUAUACACAUCAUGAUAGAACUGUUUAUGGAUUGCAAUGCGAUUUAACAGGUUUAGGCGUCAUUUAGUAUAAAAAUGGCAGAGUAGAUAUGGGAUGGUUCUAGAAUGGUUUCUUAAAUGGAAAGGGAAGGAUAAUUUUCAAAAGUGGAGAUAUCUAUGAUGGACAAUUGAAAAAUGGAUAUUUUUAAGGAUAAGGGUUUUACGUAAAUUACAAUUCUAAAUAAAUGACAUAGGGUAUUUUUGAGAAGAAUUAAAUUGUUUCCAUUGAAAAUCAGGUCAGUUAGUAUCCUCCAAAAGGAGAUGACGAAUAAAGUGUUGUUGACCAAAGAAUCAAUAUUAAAAAUGUCCAUCUCAAGAGCAGAGGAUAUAUAAGUAAUUAAUAUAGUUCUGAGAAAAAACCUACCAAAGUUAAUAAGAUCUAAAAUUUAAUUCAACAUAUGCUUAAUCCAGUGAAACAUACUCUUAAAAGUGAAAGUGUUUAGCAUGAAGAUGUCUUAGAUAACCUGUUGUCUAGAGUCUAAUCGCCUUUAUAAAGAAAGAAUUUAGAGUAGAUCAUUAAUUAAGUUACAUCACCAUAACGAAUUAGAUGA